AUGGCUGCGGAGAUCUUCAACGAUCUGGCAGCACCCGUCGAGGCGAAGGAUGAGAGCGGAGAGUGGAAGGUGAUCUACCCUACGAAGUCUCUGAUGCUCCCUGGUCGCGCGCUGACUCUGCGGCUGAGAGAAGAGCCCACGGUGCUUGACAUCUGCGAGCGCGAAAAGCAUGGCGUGCUGAAGGCCUCGGAAGAUUUCGGACAACUCAGCCUCCGCGGGAAGCAGAUGGACGCGGAGGAGCGGAGAGCCACUGAGAGGGAGAAGGUGCGCAGAGAGGAGGCCUGCCAGCGCCAGCUAGAGCAGAUCGCCAAAGAGGCCAGGAGGAUACGGAACAGACUUGGCAUGUCUUGGAUUAUUAUCUUGGAAACCGUCAUAAGCCUGCUCCUCCUCAUCCUCCUCGUCGCGGCCGUGAGGCUCGACGGGCGUGCCCCGCAGCCGCCGUUCGAAGCCGCGAUGGCGGUUCUGUCCAUCGGAUUGCUGGGCUUCUUCGUCGGGCGCUGCGGCACCAAAACCGCACGCAGCGACGCGACCUUUGGGGACUACGCCUGCUGCGCCCGGGCGGCCUUCAACUGUGAGGGGAUUUUGGGCCUCGCCGCCUUGGCCCUCAUGACGUGGCAGCAUGGUGCGGAGUUCUGGUGGACGUCCCUCACCUUCUGGCCGGUGGCCGGCUGCGGCCUCGGCUGGUGGAUCUACAACUGCCGCAGAGGAGCUUUGGGCCAUUUGGGAGAGCUGGACCACGACUACGACCGUUUCGAGGAGGAGCAGGCUAGGGAUCAUGUGAAGAACCGGACCAUCCGCUUCGAGGGCCGUGUGAUUCCAGAACGAGGACGCCCCUGCGUGGCUUCCUGGCCAGGGAAGUACGAGGGCGCCUGGGAGGCUUUGGUGCGCCGCACGCGGGCCGGGGAGGUGAGCGCCGCCGUUGUCUUCUUGCCGGACGGCACGGCAGACCACGGCUGCCACGCCCGGAUCCCGACCGCUGAAGGUCUUUCUCACGAUCCCGGUGCUUGCUGGUGCAUCCCUCUGUAUGGGGAGCCAAAGCCUUGGGGGUGCAGGUGGUGGACCCAGUGGCUUCGAAACGUGGAGAUGGCCGUGGAGAGCGGGGCAGAGUUGGAGGUUUAUUUCUUUGCAGGCCUUGCUGGCAGAGGAAAGGUGCAAAGCUUCGAUUCCGCCGCCCCGGAGCACCUUCGCAGAGAGGAGAUCUAUGGCAAGCUCAGGGAGUUCAAGGAGUCUCCGCAAUUCAAAGCAGCCUCGGCCCAAGGCCUCGACGGCCUCUCCCGCGAGCGUCGCGAGGACAGCAGCUCCCGGCACAGCCGGGAGCUGCACCGCCUCUUCCUUGCCUGGCUCCCGAAAGAAGAGGCCGAGUUCCUGGAAGCCUCCGAAGGCCUCGGAAACUCCCAGAAAGCUGAAGUGGCCUGGCUGGAUCGCAAGGGCUAUCAGUACCGGGAGGUGGACGUCUCCAUGUGGCUUUCGGAUGCCGAUGCCGGUCUGGAGGUCCAUCAGCCACACGGUGCUGCUGAUGACCUUUCAACACCACGCAUGCCCAUUCCCCAUGAGGUGCCGGCUGACAUCCAAAGCCUAGAUCCCUAG